AAUGUCAAAUAUUCCUUUACUCUUCAAAUCCCUAGAAUCAUUUUGAACAUCAUCUCAAAUCCUAAUCACAGUAAAUCUUCUCCAUGAAAGAAUAUAUAAUUAAGAUUUACUUUUGAGAAAUCAGAAUCUGAGGCAAGCGUUACGAGCACAGGCCCCUCUUUUCCUCCGAUAACAAUGUCGCUUGGAUGACAAGCCCCUAAUUCUUCUCAAAUGGCAAUGUCGCUUUGAUGAAAUUCUAGUGAACAGAGGAAUGAUAUCUGCCAGCAUCGAAGAGAAAGUGUGACUCCUUAUUUGGUGUAUAAGUCCACACUUUAUAAUUCAUCUUUUGAGAAUUGUUUGACAUUCAGAUCAUGUUUCACAUUACAGCAUCAAUAAGAGCCGUUAGCUUCCCACCAAGGCAAAAGAAGCAACAGACUUUCAAAUUGUUUGAACGGCGCUGACAACUUAAUAUUGUGAAGCAAUGAAUAUGUGCCUUUCUCAUGUGGAUACACCAAGCCACCAUUUCCUAUUCUUUUUAUUAUUAUUUUCCUUUAUUAAUUUUGCUAAACUGCCUCUGCUUAAUUCACAGAAUCAACCCAUUCUCCAUCUCAAUAUCAACUCUUCUUUUCUGAAAAAAGAAAGAUAGCAAAUGGAACUGGAAAUAGGACUCAAGAUCACCCACUACAGAGAUGAUAUCACUUCUCAUGCCCACCUUCAGAUUGCCAAAGAUCGCAGUGGACCUCUCUUCUUGUCUAGAGAAACUGACACCAUGUUCAUUCUAAUUGCAUAUCUCAAAGGCUUUAGAAAAGAGAAUAUUGACAUCAGGAUCAAUGAAGAUGGGAGUAAGAUUGAGGUAAGUGGGAAGGGGGCAGUCCAGGAGAUGGUGUUAUCUGGGUGGAUUAUGCGAAAGAAAGAUGUCGAGUUAAAGGCAUUCGACAAGGUUUUUCGAAUUCCUGAUAGGAUCAUUUUGGAUGGAAUCAAGGCCAAGUUCAAUGAUGAUGAAUCAAAGUUGACGAUUGUUAUGCCGAAAUCGGAGAAAGGAAUGCGUGGGAUGAAUAUUGAGGAAGUGAAGGAAGAGGAGUUCGAUGGAGUUAUCCGAAAUGCAGCUGAGGAGCCUCCCGAAGUAGCAAAUAGAGAUUCCGAGACUGAAGAAAUUGAACCUGUUGUACAGGAAGAGAUUGAAAGAAGGGAACCUGAAACCCAACAAAUUCUAGCAGAAGUUCCUAAUGAAGAACCAAAAGAGGAAGCUCAAGCGUUUUCUGAAAGAGACAAUAGUGGAGGGAUGCUACAGGAAAAACCUGAGCAGCCACAAAUUGAAAACAAGCAAGUAAUUGAAAGGGAAAAUUUUGAUGAAGACAAAUUCAGGAAAAAGCAAGAUUUGGUGCCUGAAACAUCUGUUAACAUGGAAUUGCAAAAUAAACCAAGAGAAUUAGAAGAGACCCCUCCUCCUGAAAAGCCAAAACCUCCUGCUACUCCAGAUAAUCCAGAAACUACAACCAUGGAGUCUGAAGAAGCUGAACAGGAGAAACAAGAACCAACUGCAGACACAUUUCCUGAUCUGAAAGAGCAGCAUAAUGAACAGAAAAUUCCAGAGGCAGCAAUUGCAGAGGAAGAAAAUGUUCGUGGGAAAGAAAGCGAAGAAUUACAAGAGCCAGAAGAGAAGGAACCUGAUACAAAUGUUCAAGAACCAGACAAAACUGAGCCUCCUGAAACAAUGCAGCCUGCAAAACAACCAGAUGAGGAUCAUAAACGAGAAGAUAUUCCAGGAAUAGGAACUGAAAUCAAAGAAGAAGCAAGUGAUCAAGUACAGCAUCCUGAAGCAAAACAAGUGGAGGAGAAAGAAUCAUCAGAAGUGCAGAAACAGAAAGAUCUGAGCGACGGAGCAAGUAAAGCUGAGAAAGCUGUGAAAAGAUCUAAGCUAUGUCCUCCUUUUGUUGUAGCAGGAUCAGCUCUCCUGGUAACUAUUAUAGUGUUUGUAAUCAAUUAUAUUAGAUCUAGAAGAAGAUGAAUUACACUAUAAUUGAAAAGAAUAAAAUCCCAUAUUAUCAAAAUAGUCAUUGAGUUAGAAUUCAUUAGAGAUAUUGAAAAUGAUUCUCGGAUCUUUGGUUACAAACUUGAAUGAAGUUCUUCAACAUGCUUUCAACUUCUACUUUAGAUAGGUUGAGGGCCUCACAUUUUUAUCCCUUUCAAAUAUUCCUUUCA